GAGUUCUCUUAACUAAGCAAAAUCAGCCUUCUAAACAUGUUUAUUUUAUAUGGACAGAAAUUAGGUUCAUCAUAAUACCAGUUAAAAAUGUAAUGACACGUCUUAUACUUAUUAUGGCGACUGUUUGUCGCAUUGAAUUGAGAAAUUAGCGAAUGUGAUUAUGGCUUGACUUUUGGUCACGAGAUGCAAAGGUCAAAUUUCGAGUUUAUGCUGCCAUCGAUAUUUCAAUUUGGAGAAGAAGGUCGAUUUGAAUGUAAUGAGUCCCAAAGACGGAGCAUUUUGGAAGGCUCAACAAAGUCUUUUGAGACUUUUGAAGCAGUGUUCGAGCAUGAAGCAGUUGAAGGAGACGCAGGGUCGUGUAGUCCAGAGUGGCUUCCAUAAGACGCCGCUUCUGGUGGGAAAGAUCAUUGAGUUUUGCGCGCUUUCAGACCACGGAGAUAUCAAUUACGCUGUCAGGGUUUUUGACAGAUUCGAUAAACCAGAUGCGUUUAUAUUGAACACCAUGAUCAGGGGCUUUGGGAUGACUGGCCAACCAGAGAAGGCCAUUCACUUGCUCAGGAGAAUGCUGCAGGGAGAAUUUGAUGUGGCAGCAGUUGACACUUUUACAUUCUCUUUCAUUCUUAAAAUCAUUGCCGGAUUGAGAUCAGUCACACUGGGAAAGCAACUGCAUUGCAACAUCCUUAAACUUGGACUCCAAACUCAUACUUACGUUAGAAAUUCUCUUAUGCACAUGUACGGUAUGGCGAAGGACAUAGAAACCGCUCACAACCUGUUCGAGGAAAUUCCAAAUGCAGAUUUAGUGGCUUGGAACUCUAUUAUAAAUUGUCACGUGCAUUGUGGGAACUAUAAGCCGGCUCUCCAUCUGUUUGCUAAAAUGCUGCGGAGUGGCCUGCAACCGGAUCACGCCACUCUGGUAGUGACCCUCUCAGCGUGUGGUGCAAUAGGAGCCCUCGAUUUUGGGAGGCGAAUCCAUUAUUCUCUUGUUCAAAAGCAUACUAACCUUUGUGAGAAUAUAUCGGUCUCCAAUUCCCUAAUUGACAUGUAUGCAAAGUGUGGAGCAGUGGAAGAAGCCUACCACAUAUUUAGCAGCAUGAAAAUGAAGAAUGUGAUUUCAUGGAAUGUCAUGAUUCUCGGUCUUGCGUCGCAUGGUAACGGAGAGGAAGCAUUAGCGCUUUUCUCAAAGAUGUUACAACAGAAUGUGGAGAGGCCGAAUGAUGUUACCUUUUUGGGGGUUCUAAGUGCUUGUAGCCAUGGAGGAUUGAUUGAUGAAGGUAGACAAUGUAUUGAUAUUAUGGACAGAUAUUAUAACAUCCAACCCACAAUAAAGCACUAUGGGUGCAUGGUGGACCUUUUGGGCCGAGCUGGUUUAGUUGAUGAUGCAUACAAUUUGAUAAAGAACAUGCCAGUGGAGUGCAAUGCAAUUGUAUGGAGGACUUUGUUAGCUGCGUGUCGACUUCAUGGAAAUGUUCAACUGGGUGAGAAGAUAAGGAACCAUCUGUUGGAAUUGGAACCUGAUGAUCAUAGCAGUGAUUAUGUUCUUCUUGCAAACGUGUAUGCUAGCACCGGUCAAUGGAAUGAAAUGUCCAAAGAAAGAAGAUUAAUGCAGCAAAGGCGAAUUCAGAAACCACAGCCUGGAAAUAGCUUCAUCGGAAUUCCUGGAUUGGCGUUGGAGAAAGAGACUAUUGAAACAUUGUUAUAAAACUGACAUUAGCACUUGACACAUUAAUGUCCAAGUCAAUGAAGCUUUCACUAGAUAAAUGGUAGAAUUUGAGGAUAGUGUGCCUAAAGGUUGUAUCCUCUUCAUUAACCAAUGUAUUAUAAACAAAAUGAAGCCAACACGUCAAGAUUGUAUCCUCCUCAUUAGCCAAUGUGUCUUAAACAAAUUGAAGCCAGCAUGUGAUAGGAGGAUCAUUUGAUCAGACAAAACUGAUAGGAGUGUUCCAAUCAAGAACAUGAAUAUGGCAUUUGUGCUGAGGUCUUAAGUGUUGUUUAUGCUGCCAUUCAAAAGGCUGGUUGAUGAUCAAGGAUUAAGCAUGGGAGAGGUUUUCAAGGUUAUAAACCUUCCAGGUAGAUGGCUUGAUUGUUGAAGCUCUUCUAGCAUUUGGGCAAACUUUAAAACCUUCCCAAUCUAAAGCAACUAUUUCCCCCUUCUACUCAAACGGUGGGUUGAGAUCCAAAAUCAUGUUCAAACACAGCCCAUAUACGAAACCAUUAUUUUAUGCAACCUGUGAUGUGUGGAUCAAAAUUAAUUUAAACGAGGGAACUAGGAUUUAGGGUGUGCGAUCUAUGUCCAGAGUCAAUGUAAACACCUGAACUAGAAUAUUUCUGAACUUUAGAAGCUGCAGCUAUUACAGAGCUCUAUUGUGUGCUUCUUUGUGCACUGAUAGAUUGGUUAUUUAUAUGAUAUAUCGUGUGCCU